UUUUUUCACGGAAAAGGUCAUUGAGCACUGGCAGAGGCUGCCCAGGGAGGAGGGAGUCCCCUUCCCUGGAGCUGUUUAAGGGAUGGGUGGAUGAGGUGCUGAGGGGUAUGGUUUAGGGAUUGUUAGGAACGGUUGGACUCGAUGAUCCAGUGGGUCCCUUCCAACCUGGUGAUUCUAUGAUUUUAUGAAAUGUUGAGGCUGCUCACAGCGUUGUGAUAGAACUUCUGGCCUCAACCGUGGUUUUUUUCUUGCUGAUUUGAGUCUAGCCCAGAUGUAAAGGGGUAACUUUUUGCAGACUAGCCCUGUGGGGACAGCACUCUGAAAGCCAGGGGAGUCUUGAAAGCCCCCUGCCCACAGCAAAGGCACCUCUUCCAGUUCAAGUCAGAGCCCUGGAACUUGUCCCUCUGGAUGCAGACAGGUAAGCUGGGUCUGGAGUGUUCCUUGGCCUUCAUGAUCUUCCUUUCCUCUACCCUUUGAACUUACAAGGAGGAAGAAAGCUCCUAGUGACUGUGGUGGGAUGAGUACCAACUUUUCUAGCUCUGGGUGCAAGUUAAAGUUGUAGAGAUAAAAGGAGGUGCGGAGAAGGCUGUCAUCCUAGGAACAAGAGCCAAAUAGUUAUUUUUACCCUGCUGAAGCUUUAAAAGCUACCACGGUCCUCUCUGCGGAGAGGCUUGAAGUAACUGUUAGAGCUGAGAGUUGCUUGCUGUGCCAGGGAGCACUCAGCGUGCUGAGGAUGGCUCUGGGCUGCUGCUCGCCCAGUGUAGUGGUUGCAGCGGUUGGCUCCUGACCCUGCUUGGUAAGGCUCCAAAAGGAACAAACCUAGUCUGGUGUGCGAGGACAGCAGGUGACCCUCCAGCCCUAGGGCUUGGCAGCCUGGCUUGGGGCUGUUCUCUCCAGUCCCUCCCUCCUUCCUCCUCUCUUCCUCCUCCUGGCAUCAGGCAGGAGCUGGCAGGUUCCAUUCCCUCUCUGCAGUCUCCCUCCUCGCUGCGCUGACCGAGCGGCUGCUGGGGAGCUCUGGCACCAGCAGAUUACAACAGGAGCAAUAAAAUGGACUCAAACUCUUCAUUCGAUUGGGCUCAGGCGCUGAAUUACAAUUGGACGUACAAGUACCUCUACUUAGAGAGCAACGUGUCCUACGUAGACUUCUACCUUCAUCAGCCUUCGGUGGCAGCUGUCUUCAUCGCCUCCUACCUCCUCAUCUUCCUGCUCUGCAUGGUUGGCAACGGAGUGGUUUGCUUCACCAUCCUGAAGAGUAAAAAUAUGCAUACGGUCACAAACCUUUUCAUCCUGAACCUGGCAGUCAGCGAUUUACUGGUGGGAAUCUUCUGCAUGCCCACCACCCUCCUGGACAACAUCAUUGCAGGAUGGCCAUUUGGAAGCCUGGUUUGCAAAAUGAGCGGGACGGUCCAAGGAAUUUCUGUGUCUGCCUCUGUCUUCACCCUGGUCGCGAUUGCUGUGGACAGGUUCCGAUGCAUCGUUUAUCCAUUCAAGCAGAAGCUGACCGUUCCAACUGCAGUUGUCAUUAUAGCGGUCAUCUGGAUCCUGGCCGUCGCAAUCAUGUGUCCAUCAGCAGUCAUGCUGCGGGUACAAGAAGAGAAGCAUUUCAGGGUGAUCCUCGGCUACGGCAACGAAACCCGCCCCAUAUACUGGUGCCGGGAAGACUGGCCUGACCCGGGAAUGAGAAAGAUCUACACAACAGUUCUGUUUGCCAACAUCUAUCUGGCUCCCCUCUCACUCAUCGUUAUCAUGUACGCCAGGAUAAGCAUUGCUCUCUUCAACACAGCGGUGCCCGCAGUGGGAAAACACAGCCAGGAGCAGCGGCACAGCGUGUCUAAGAAGAAACAAAGAGUCAUCAAAAUGCUCAUUAUCGUGGCUUUGCUUUUCACCCUCUCCUGGCUUCCGUUGUGGACUCUGAUGAUGCUUUCAGACUACGCCAACCUUUCAGAUGCGCAGCUGCAGAUCAUCAACAUUUACAUCUACCCCUUUGCUCACUGGUUGGCCUUCUUCAACAGCAGCAUCAACCCCAUUAUCUACGGUUUCUUUAAUGAAAACUUCCGACGAGGCUUUCAGGCUGCCUUUAAGCUUCAGCUCUGCUCCCAGAAGAUGGUGCAGAGGGAGGUCUGUUCUCGGCGUGGCCAAAGCAAUGCCAUUUUGCUAGCUGCCAACUACCAGACGGCCCAGGAGCAAGCUUGCCAAAACACUACGGAGGGGAGGAAGGCAGUGAAGAAAGGAAACUGGGUGAAUAACCAGCAGGACCUGAUAGUGGAGGAUCUAGAAGAGCCCUGCAACCACGGGAUUAAGUGAAACAAGCUAUGAGCUAUCGGAAUGAUUUAUGCCUAGCAGAGUUUAUCCAUUGUGUGGUGAAAUUCAUGGUCUGUAAGACCUUUGUGACCAAAGCAUCAAGAUGUUUGUGUUUUGAGGGAUAUGUGCAACUUGCAUGGUAUCUGAAUGUGUGAUACAAGUAGAAAACCAAAUCCAGCCCGCCGUGCUAGCAGCUUAAACCAGGGGCACCUUCCCUGCAGCCAGUGACCCGCUGCCCUUGAACCGGGCUGGAGCAGAGACUUGAUUAAAAUGAGACGACCUUCCAUUCACCGUGAAGUAAGAGAAGAAGAGAACUGCGAUUAUUGAUUUAGACACAAUUACUCUUGGUACGCACUGAUGAAGAGGAGAACAUUCAUUCGUCUCCGUGAAUUUCCCGGAGUGGCUGAAGCAGGAUUGCUUGAACAGCAUUUGCUGUAAUGUUUCAGCCUGCAAGGCUCGUUGUUGCCAAUACCUACAAUUUUCUUCUAAUGUCAGACAAUGAAAACAUCCCUGCUGUUCGUAGCAUCCUGCUGGACUGCAGAGCUGGAUAAAGGAGGGAAUCAGAGCCUUGCCAGAGCUCUGGGCAUAUGCCCCGUCUCCGGGGUUUGGCCAUCACAGCCCAGAGCGCUUCCAAGCCACUGCAGCUGAGGGUAUCCCUGGUGGGGCGUUAAGAAAUCAUUUCAUCUGUAGACCAAAACACCUUCUAAUGUGAUUUAUAAAGAAGUCCUCCUCUAAAAGCAAGAUUAA